CUUAUCGACAUCGGCUCGGCCACACCUCUGGACAAAAGUACGUGGAAUAUUUACCUUAAUUAAAGCAAAAAGGAGCAGUGAAUACGAAAACCGUUAAAACGAAGUCAAAUCCAAAUGGAGACCCCUACGGCCGACGACCUACUCCAAUUCCGCGACUAUAGCGGCGGAGCCCCAGCCCAGAUCAACGUCAAUUCGCCGACUCAUGCAACGGGCGGCGGAUCUGGGUUUGGCUCCGGAUCUGGUGGGACCAAUGCUCAACGUCAGCGCGGCGAUCCGCUGGCGGAUCUCAUCUAUGACAUGAGCACCUCUGCCCAGAACAUGGCCGGCGGUAGCUCUAACCAAGCGCAAAACGCCUCGCUGGACGGAUCCGGCGGUGGUGGUGUUGGCGGCGCACGACUCUCCUUCCUCACCAUUGAGUACUACCAGCAGUUCUUCAACGUGGACACCUACAUGGUUCUAGAGCGCAUCGUCAACUCAAUGAUACCAAAGCGCGCGGCAGGCAAUUACUUGCGCAUGAACAUCGGGGAGAAUCCGGAUCUGUACGGUCCGUUCUGGAUCACCGUCACCCUGAUCUUCUCCAUAGCCAUUAGCGGCAACAUAGCCAGCUACUUGCAUCAUGCCAGCGAUGGUUAUCAUUGGCACUACAACUUCCACCUGGUCUCCUAUGCGGCCACUUGCAUUUUCCUGUACGCCAACAUAUUGCCGGCCGUCCUCUGGGCCCUAUUUAAGUACAGCCUUAAGCCGGUGGACUCUGCGGAUGCCGUGGAAACGGAUAGCGCCAGCUACACGCCGACACUCCUGUCACUGAUGUGCAUCUACGGCUACAGUCUGGCUAUCUACAUUCCCGUUUCUAUUCUGUGGGUGAUCAAUAUAUCAGUGCUGCAGUGGCUUCUGGUGAUCACCGCUGCCUUACUCUCGGGAACUGUUUUAAUUGCAGUUUUAACGCCAGCCCUGCGAAAUUCGCAGUUCUCGCUAUUCCUCAUAAUCGGAAUACUGAUUGCACAUAUUGUGCUAGCAGCCGGAUUUCUGCUGUAUUUCUUUCACAGUCCCCCAGACUCACCGGUGGCUGGAGUUCCUCCGCCACCAGUUGCACCUGCUGCUCCCGCAGCCCUGAAGGCCGUCACCGAGGUGGUGCUGGCGAAUGUAGCUCCUGGAAAUCGAAGUCAAUAGAAAGAAAUCAUUUCGCAUUUUUCCUUUGUUGUUUCCCAAGUCUCUAUUAUAAUUGUUUAAAAGGAUGUGUGAGUCCUUAGGCUCAGAUCGGAUUCGAUUAAAAUCCUUUUAGAAAUCCUGAGCGAGUUUUGUGCAUGGUUUUUGACAUUCUGUAACAUUUAACGACUGUAUAUUUAUUAUAAAUUAAAGAUAGAAAUAUGUGCAAAACCAAAA